AUGUCCCGACAACGUCCCGGACAAGUGCCCCGGCCCGGCCGGGGGGAUCGGGCAGCGCCGGAGCGGGGCAGCGGCACGAACAGCCCUGCCCGGCCCGGCCCGGUCCGGAACGGCACGAACAGCCCUGCCCGGCCCGGCCCGGUCCGGAACGGCACGAACAGCCCUGCCCGGCCCGGCCCGGUCCGGAACGGCACGAACAGCCCUGCCCGGCCCGGCCCGGUCCGGAACGGCACGAACAGCCCUGCCCGGCCCGGCCCGGUCCGGAACGGCACGAACAGCCCUGCCCGGCCCGGCCCGGUCCGGAACGGCACGAACAGCCCUGCCCGGCCCGGCCCGGUCCGGAACGGCACGAACAGCCCUGCCCGGCCCGGCCCGGUCCGGAACGGCACGAACAGCCCUGCCCGGCCCGGCCCGGUCCGGAACGGCACGAACAGCCCUGCCCGGCCCGGCCCGGUCCGGAACGGCACGAACAGCCCUGCCCGGCCCGGCCCGGUCCGGAACGGCACGAACAGCCCUGCCCGGCCCGGCCCGGUCCGGAACGGCACGAACAGCCCUGCCCGGCCCGGCCCGGUCCGGAACGGCACGAACAGCCCUGCCCGGCCCGGCCCGGUCCGGAACGGCACGAACAGCCCUGCCCGGCCCGGCCCGGUCCGGAACGGCACGAACAGCCCUGCCCGGCCCGGCCCGGUCCGGAACGGCACGAACAGCCCUGCCCGGCCCGGCCCGGUCCGGAACGGCACGAACAGCCCUGCCCGGCCCGGCCCGGUCCGGAACGGCACGAACAGCCCUGCCCGGCCCGGCCCGGUCCGGAACGGCACGAACAGCCCUGCCCGGCCCGGCCCGGUCCGGAACGGCACGAACAGCCCUGCCCGGCCCGGCCCGGUCCGGAACGGCACGAACAGCCCUGCCCGCGGGAGUCCCGCGGUCCUGCGUCACCGCUCCCCACCACCACCACCACCAUCAUCACCACCACCAUCAUCAUCACCCCCACCACCACCACCACGGGGGGGGGGGGGGGGGGGGGGGGGGGGGGGGGGGGGGGGGGGCCNGCCCUACCCGGCCCUGCCGGCCCCCUUCCCGGCCAUCGCCGCGCCCUUCGAGGACUCGGGAUCGUACAGUGUGAACCUCAGCCUGGCCCCGGCCGGCGUGAUCCGGGUGCCGGCGCACAGGCCUAUCCCCGGGGCCGUGCCGCCGCCCAUCUCCAGCGCCAUCCCGGCCAUGCCCGCCGUGCCCAGCCUGGGCAGCCUCAACUUCCCCUGGAUGGAGAGCAGCAGGCGCUUCGUCAAGGACAGGUUCACAGCGGCCGCGGCGCUGACGCCCUUCACGGUGACACGGCGGAUCGGGCAUCCCUACCAGAACCGGACUCCGCCGAAGCGCAAGAAACCGCGGACAUCCUUCUCCCGGGUGCAGAUCUGCGAGCUGGAGAAGCGCUUCCAUCGGCAGAAGUACCUGGCCUCGGCCGAGCGCGCUGCCCUCGCCAAGUCCCUCAAGAUGACGGACGCCCAGGUGAAGACCUGGUUCCAGAACCGGCGCACCAAGUGGCGGUGA